AUGGUGCAGAAAAAUGUUAACGGCGGGGUUUACCCAACUCAAGCCGGAGAGAAGAAGCACAAAGUCGGCUUUGUCGGAUUGGACCCCGGGGCUCCCGAAUCUAGCAGGGACGGGGCGCAGCUGAUUGCGGGCUCGGAAAGCACAAAGCGGACCAGUAUCCUAUGCAGACGGAGGUCCAGUGCCAUAAGAGGUGGGAGAACGCCGAAGAAAAACCCCAGCUAUAGGAAACUACAGAAUUUUCUAUAUAAUGCACUUGAAAGACCGCGGGGAUGGGCGUUUAUUUACCACGCUUAUGUCUUCCUGUUGGUGUUUUCCUGUCUCAUCCUCUCUGUUUUUGCUACCAUCAACGAGUUCAAGAACAGCUCUGAGACUGCCUUGUACAUUUUGGAAAUAGUGACCAUCGUGGUGUUUGGAGUUGAGUACAUCGUGAGGAUAUGGGCCGCGGGCUGCUGCUGUCGCUACAGAGGAUGGAGGGGAAGGCUGAAAUUCGCCCGCAAGCCUUUCUGUGUUAUCGACAUCAUGGUCUUGAUAGCAUCUGUGUCGGUGCUGGCUGCUGGCUCCCAGGGAAAUGUCUUCGCCACCUCUGCCAUCCGCAGUCUCCGCUUCUUGCAGAUCCUCCGCAUGCUGCGGAUGGACCGGCGCGGGGGCACCUGGAAACUUCUAGGAUCCGUGGUCUAUGCCCACAGCAAGGAACUUAUCACUGCUUGGUACAUAGGCUUUCUCUGUCUCAUCCUGGCUAGUUUCCUGGUGUACUCGGUCGAGAAAGAUGACAACGACAUGUUUGAGACCUAUGCUGAUGCCCUGUGGUGGGGGCUGAUCACCCUGACUACCAUAGGCUAUGGGGAUAAGUUCCCAAAGACCUGGAAUGGACGUCUGCUGGCUGCAAUGUUCAGUAUGAUAGGAGUGGCUUUCUUUGCGCUCCCAGCUGGUAUCCUGGGGUCUGGUUUUGCUCUGAAGGUCCAGGAGCAGCACAGACAGAAGCAUUUUGAGAAGCGACGCCAACCUGCUGCUGGUCUGAUACAGAAUGCUUGGCGAUUUUAUGCUACGAAUCUUGCUCGGACUGAUCUGCUGUCGACGUGGGAUUUUUAUGAGGAGAACGUUUCUCUCCCAAUGUACAGCAGCAUAAUGAAAACCGUCUCAUCUUCUCUCUCCAGACUUAUACCCCCCCUCAAUCAACUGGACCUCCUGAGGAAUCUGAAGGCCAAAUCCUUCAGCAGGAAGGACUCUCAGACAGAAGCCUCCCCCAGCCGGAAGCCUAGCCUAAAGGACAAGGUGUAUCCUAGUCCUUCCAAGAUGGCUGGGGCCACAGGGAGGUCCCAGUCCCCUGGGCCUGAAGACGGGGCAGAGGGAGGGCCGAGCUGGAGCUUUGCUGACCGGGCCCAAGGGGCCAUGCAUGCUUUCCGUGCCAGGGGCAGCACCUCGCGCCAAAACUCAGAGGAGGCUUGCCUCCCCGGGGAGGACGUUGGGGAUGAUAAGAACUGCCACUGUGAAUUCCUUCAAGAUUUAUCUCCUGGGUUGAAGGUCACAAUUAGGGCAAUAAUCAUCAUGAGGUUUCUGGUGUCAAAGAGGAGGUUUAAGGAGAGCCUACGGCCAUACGACGUGAUGGAUGUGAUAGAGCAGUACUCCGCAGGCCACUUGGACAUGCUGAGUCGGAUUAAGCAACUACAGUCCAGGGUAGAUAUGAUUGUGUGGCCUCCUGGCCCAACUACUCCUCGCCGUAAGAGGUCUACAGAAGGUCCUAGGUUAUCAAUAGCUUUAUCCUCGAUAUCGCUUUCUCUAAAUGCCAGAGUGGACCAGAUUGUUGGUAAAGGUCCUCCAGAUAAAGGUGCCAAAGGUGGCGGUGACGGGGAGAAAGAGGAGGAGGACCCCAGCAUGAUGGGACGUAUGAUGAAAGUGGAGAAACGGGUGGGCUCCAUGGACAGAAAGCUGGAUUUCCUGGUCAACGUGUACGUACAGCGCAUGGGCAUCCCGCGCUCUGAGACAGAGGCCUAUUUCAACUCCAAGGAAGCCUACCCGGCACCCCCUUACAUUAGCCCCAAGGAUAGCAAGGAGGAGAAGCAGGAGAAGGAAAAGAAGGUGAAAGAGGAGGAGAAGAAGGAGAAGAGCUGCUCCGCUGCCGAGGUCCUCCGCUCCGUGGAGAGGAAGAAGUGCUCCCCGGAGCCCAGGUCUUUGGGCACGCCCUCCGGCAGCCGCAGCCGCCCCUGCACCUCCUGGGAGCACCAGCUGCAGCACCCUCUCAGCCAGCCCGCCUGGAACAGCAGUGUGGCCAACACCCCCUCACCUGUAGGGGGGGGCAGCGGAGAGCACUCCCCCUCUCUGUUCCGCCUGCCACCCCCUCCCCCGCCCAUCCACGAGCGCUCAUCUUCCGGGGCAGGAGGGAGCAGUAUCCGGGAGGGCACCUCCCAGGGCAGGAAGCGCAACAGGAGGCAGAGGCGUCAGCCAGACGUGGCCCCGCUGCCCACCGCAGAGAGUGACACGUCCUUGUCCAUCCCAUCAGUGGACCACGAGGAGCUGGAGCGCUCCUUCAGUGGGUUCAGCAUCUCCCAGGCCAAGGAGGACUUCUUUGGGACAUCGUUCUUCAAUGGGGUGGCGGCAGAAACAGGGGCAUCUCUCUGCGCCAGGGUUAGACCCUUCAUUGCUGAGGGUGAAUCAGACACAGACUCUGACCUGUACACCCCUGGCGGCCCCUCGCCCCUCUCCUUCAGCGGUGAGGGUGCAGGGGGGUAUGGAGACAGAAUCUGGCCACCUCUCAAGUAGGCUAGAAUCAGAAUAACUGGCCCCUAGUAUGAGCUGGGAUGGAUUGAGAUAUGAGGGGAGGAUCAAGAAGAUUGCAUAUGUUAACGCUUGUCACUGAAACUUUCACAAACAAAAAAUGGCCCAAUUGAUUCUGUCUUGUGUGAUUGUAUGUGUAUGACCAUUGAGGUAUUCAGAGUUGUUUUAGAUAGGGUGUCCAAUCACCCAAAUGCUUGAGUUGAUGCUUUUCAUGUGAACUGAAGCCGAUUUAAGUUAAAAGAUUAAUAUCUACUGCGCUUUCUGAACACUCUGUGAUUUCUCUGGACCAAAAAAUGUGGGGCGAUAUUGGAAGACAUGUCAAUGCAAUAGCCCAUCAGUAGGCUAUACCUACAGUACAAGUCACCUACUGUAUGUUUAGGUUAUGCUGAGCCUUCGAAAAUGAUCACUGCCUUGUUGGUUUUAUUCCAGUAUGACACGAUUUUAUUAGAAUUGAAUUGUUGCUAAUAUUUUUCAUUCUGAAUAUGGCGCUCAGUUAAAUCGGUGGCAUUAGUAUAUGAUUGAAUCAUGCAUUUUUUGCGGCAAAUUCAGUAUAAUUCUAAAAGUCAAACUAUAAUGUGCUGAUGGGUUGUGUGCUGUGGUUUAUGUACUGUAGUCCUUGGUAGAAAACAUUAUCGCAAACAAAUAGAGAAUAGAUGCAGCUGCACAACCCUCCUUAAGCGUAUGGUCUUCUUAUACACUGCGCUGACUCCUGGAAACGCAUGCCUUAAAUGAGUUCCGCGAAGUAAUACACAACGUAUAGUUCUACACUCUUAUUUAACCGCACGAUGACAGAGCGACAUGACAUGAUCUUUAAGAGGAGUUGUUGUAGAACUGAGACACAAGCUAGUAGGUAGGCUUUCUACUUUUGAGUUUUCAGCAAUAAUAUCUUACUGGUGUCUGUUAAAUAUGUCAAGUCAAUUUCUUAAUGAAAAAAAACUGCACGAAAAUAUUAAUAAUAAAUGAACUGCAUGGCAUGUACAGAAUAGUUGCUUUAGGUAGGAAAUGUAUGACUGUGGCAAGUAGGAACCAAACUAAAUGACAUUCCUCAACCAUUUCCUCAACCAUUCCACAGAUGAUCGACAGAAAGUGGGCAGAACAGGAAAAUAAAACCAAGCAACAUUGCAUGACUGACUUCAACUUAAAUAUAUACACUACCGUUCAAAAGU